AUGUCGACAUACAACGGGAGGCACGCGCCCAACGUGUCGCAAUACCUUCGCGACCUCAACACUAUCAGUCCCCAGGACACCACGGGCCCUACCGAGGACGCUUUCAACAUGGAAGAUGACCUUGCUCUCUUCACCAAUACGCAGUUUUUCGAUUUCGACUCUGGCCAAAACACCGACUUCCAGGCCCAGCCUGUCAAGGUGGAUGUCGAAGAUGCCACACGACAUGGUUCGACCACGUCCGGCGACGUUACCCCCGCCCAGACGACCAUAAAUGAUAUGCCUAAUUUAGACUUUAUGUCCGGUGACUUCAACUUUACCGAGUUCAACAGCGCCUAUGCUGCCGCCCCACAGAUGAAUGCCUUCCCCGACUCGGCGCAGGGAUUCCAGCCCCUCCAGCCCAACCACCAGGUUCAGAUUCCUCAUCAGCAGCCACAAUUCCGCCAGGGCAAUGCACGAGCUGGCGAUAAGCGAAAGCCCGACGCCAUGGUCUCCGCCCCUACUCCCGCUCCCCAGCAGGUGAACUUUGAGGACGCCUCUCGCGUCGCUGCCGAGGAGGACAAGCGGCGGCGAAACACUGCCGCCAGCGCCCGCUUCCGAAUCAAGAAGAAGCAGCGAGAGCAGGCUCUCGAAAAGUCCGCCAAGGAGAUGACCGAGAAGGUCACCGCCCUGGAGAACAAGGUUGCCCAGCUGGAAACCGAGAACAAGUGGCUCAAGAACCUCCUGGUCGAGAAGAACGAGGGCAGCGACGACAUUACUGCUUUAUGGAAGGAGUUCACCAAGCAUGCCAGCGAAAAGUCCAAGAGUGCCGAGUCAUCUACCACAGAAGACAUCAAGGAAGAGCGGUGA